UGCCUCUUUGGCUCGCCUUUGCACGUAUUACUAUGUUGAAGGACAUUAACUUUUAGCUUGACACUGGAGUUGGUUGAAAGGCUAUCAAUUUGGCUCCGACGCGGGACGAGCGUGUGACGAGGUCGUCCAGACCGUGCGUCUCGUUCCAUAGCACGAGGGAUGGACGAAGAUAACGCUCAUGCCGAAGCGGAUGCCUACGCGACGGCUGCCGCAGCGGUGGCAGCUGCCGCAGCAGUCGCUGGCAUUCCAGACCAGCAUGGGAUGAGCCAUACACAGAUGAUGGCGUUGCAGGCGUCGCCGUCAGAUCAGGAACAGGACCAGGACCAGGAUGGCUUUGGGCAGCAUGCGGACGGUCAACACCAAACACGCAAGCCCAGAAGAGUACGCAAGCCGAAUGAUACUGCGCGAUGCCAGGUGGACGGUUGCGGCCAGGACCUGAGUGACGCCAAGCUCUACCUGCGGCGCUACUCGGUGUGCGAGCCGCACUUCAAGGCGGAGUGGGUGUCGCUGGGCGGCGAGCGCUUCCGGUUCUGCCAGCAGUGCAACAAGUUCCAGCCGCUGGACAACUUCACGGGCAGUCGCAGGAGCUGCAAGGCGCGCAGCGAGGACCGCAACCUGCGCCGCCGCAAGCAGCGCACCGACGAGCGGGCGGCGGGCUCGGAGGAGGGGCCUGACGGCAUGGCGGGGCGGCUGGUGCGCGCGGCGGCGGCAGCGGGGCACGGCAUGGGCGGGCUGGGCGGCGGGCUGGGGGGGGCGUUGGGAGGGGCGCUGGCUGCGGGCGGCCUGGGAGUGGGCAUGGGCGGCCUGGCGUUGCCUAGCAGAGCGGCGCUGGGUGACAACGGCAUGCUGCGCCAGCUGGGUGCGCCCGACCUCUCCUCCGACCCCGCCGUGCAGCAGUACGUCAACCAGGUGCAGCUGCUGGUGGCCGCCUCCUCGGGCGCCUCCGCGGCGGGGCAACUGGCGGGGCAGUUGGCGGGGCAGCUGGGCGUUGUGGGGGUGGGCGGCAUGGGUCCGCCCCCGCCCGGCAUGGGCAUCGCGGGCGGGCUGAUGGGCUUGGUGGCGCCGCCGCCCCCACCCCCGGGGGUGCUGCCCCCGCCACACAUGGGCAUGGGGGGCGCCCCGCCGCAGCUGCCUGCCGGGCUGCUGGGGCCGCCCCAUCCGCAGGGGCUGGGGCCGCCGCACCACCACCCGCACGCACUGGCGCCGCUGCAGCUGCAGCAGCAGCUGGGGGGCCUGGCAGCUGCUGCGGGGGGCGGGGUUGGGGUUGGGGGUGGCGGGCUGAUGGGAGGAGCAGGAGGGGGGUUGCUGCCGGCUGGGAUGGACCUGGCCGCUGCUGCUGCGGCGCUCAUGAGUGGGGAACUGUUGCAGGGAAGCCUCCAGGCGGCCGCUUCCUCACCCAACACCGCAAGCGCGCUCUCACUGCUGUCAGCAGCGGCCGCUGGCGGCGGCCGCGCCACCUCCAGCGGCAGUGGCGGCGGCCCUGGAGCCGGCGGCGGUGCUGCUGCUGCUGCUGGCAGCACCGGCCCUGGGGGCCCUGGCGGCGGAGGCGGAGGCCUGCUGGGUGCCCUGGGUGGCGGUGGUGAUGCCUCGAAUGGCGGUGGCAUGGGCGGCAUGGGGGGCCUUGCAGGCAACAACGUGUUGCAGCAGCUGCAGCUGGCGCAGCUGGCCUCCGCGCUGUCGAAGAGCGCGGCUGCUGGAGGAGGAGGAGGAGGUGGAGGCGGGGCAGGUGGUGUGGUUGGCAUGGGGCCUGGAGGAGCGGCAGCGGGCGGGUUGGCGGCGGCGUUGAGCGGCAUACAGGGAUUGCAUGCCUCAGGAGCAGGGGGGGGUGGGGGAGUGCUUGGCGGGGGCCCAGUGGGCAGCCUAACGUCGCAGUUGCUGCAGCAGGCGGCGGCAGCAGCGGGAGGAGGAGGAGGAGGCGGGGGUGCUGGUGUGGGCAUGGGAGGCGUGGCGGAGGCUGGGCCGUUUGGAGGAAACGCGGACCUGCAGAGCCGGAUGGCGCAGCAGCUGCUGCAGCAGACCGCAUCCGCCGGCCAGGCAGCUCCAGUGCUGCUCCUGCAUAACCAGAACGUCAUGCUGCUGUCCCUCGACCAGCUGCUUAUGCAACAGCAGCAGCAACAGCAGCAGCAGCAACAACAACAGCAGCAGCAGCAACAGCAGCAGCAGCAACAGUCCUCACCGUCUGGGAAAUGAGGUCCGUCUGAAAAGGCCUGGGAGGCGUUGUUAGCAAGCUGGUGAAGCAAGCUCUUUCUUGGAAACCAUUGAUUGCCAGCAGGCGACAGAUUUCAUCACACCAGCCAUCCCACGGAGCAGUUCCGCUCUGCGCGAACAGCGCAACAGGUCCCUCCAGACCCCCAAGCAGGCAGAGGUGGGGCUGCUCACUGCACUGCUGUCAUGGACACGGGCGCCGCCUGGCAGGGACCAGCAGCUCCGGACAGGCAACGGAUGCCUUCCGGGUUAUUGUUGUGUGUGUUAGCUAGCUCCCGCUGCGUUGGGAGCCAACCAAAGUGUUGCGGUCAGAAGGGAAUGUUACACCGUUGU